UUAAAGAGCUACAGAAUACCUUUUACUGAAGUCACUUACUACUUCACUACUUCCAAUGAAUCAUUUCGCGUCGCCCCUUUCUUACCAUCCACUCAUGUUGAACUCGACUUCGAAUCGAGUCGGGAGAGUCGGACGAUGGUAUCUUCCUUUGAUGGCCAUAAUGAGUCUUGGCUUCGGGAUAGAGAAUUACCGCGAGAACCAGGAGCGCAGGAGAGAUGUCUUCGCCGGCGGAGAACACAUGGCGGUCGGCGAUAGUCUGCAGGCGAGAAGUCAAGGGGUCAGGCGUGCUAUGGAGAUAUACGAGAUUCAGUGAGGUGGCCUGAUUCAUGCUCAUUCGUGAUGCUGGCUCGGUUGAAUGAUUUAUGAUUAAUUCUUAUGAUUGGAGUUUGGGCGUUGCUUUAAUCUUGCCCGGACACAAUGGACUGUGAUUAUAUAGUUGAAAGA